CCAAUAGUGUGUAGAGAGUGAUCGCGGAAAAUCUUUAUCGUUAUCAUGUUACCUACGUUUGCGCUGUGUUUUUGGGCAACGGCCGCAUUGGCGGCAUGCAACACGAGGACUAGGGUGCACUACGUAAGUACUGAUGGCAGAUCACGGCGUGGAGACCCUUACUAUUACCCAGAACGGUUGCAGUCUCGGGCUUCAUCUAUUUUUGGACCUUCCAUUCAGACCUCAGCAGCCGGGUUCCCAUACCGUUUCGUCUUUCCGGCCAACCACCCAGCUUUGAGCGGUUCCAUGUACCCGCAGUUUGUGCAAAACCCGCACCAGUCCGAACCCGCAACUUACUCGGCCGAGGACCUUUUCGGACCACAACCGACGGCCAAGCAACAUCCGCUAUCUGACCUCAAACAUCGUCAGCAUCAGCAUCAGCAUCAGCAACAGCAACAAAACCAGCAACAACAACAGCAAAUCGGCUACGAUUCUUCUAUGGCUAAAAUGCAAUACGACUUUCUCGGGGGUGGCAGCGGUGGUAAAAUACAAGCGCAACAGCAACCCUCUGCAACUUAUCAUCACCACCUGAUUAAACAGCCAAAACACUAUCAGAGCUACGAAUUGGCACCAAAUUCGCUGCAGCAGCCUCUGCACCAAUCGCCUUAUCCAUCGACACCCUCUUCUAUCGGUCAGCCGAUCAUGUUGCUCAUACCUUCUUCUGGCCAGCCCGGCGCCCCAUACCAGACCCUGGUCCUGGUCCCAUCGUCAGCGUCACCGUCUCCGCUUCCAGCGCCGAUAUCCGUGUUUCCAGGUUUCCACCAACAGGUCCAACAUCAGCACGGUCCACCAGGCCAGCAGUUUGUGCAGCAGUCCGGCGGAUUUGUCACCACACACACUCGCGGCCCUCCACUCGUCGCUGGCUUUCCAUCCGGUCUCGGUGGUGGAGGCUUCGGUGGUGGCCUUGGUCUGGGUGGCGGCGUCUCCGGGCUCGGAAAGUUCCCAGGUGCUCAACUUUUCCACCGGUCGCAUGAACCGCUUCCGAAACACCUGAACCAUCAACAACACCAACAUAAGGCGUCGUCGUCGUCGUCGUCGAUGCCAUUGCUGCAGCCAACAUCGUACCAAGGUUCCGGGUCGACGCACGUGUCACACACCACGGCCACUGGAUCGGCAGCACAACAACCACUUGAGGACAAGGUCGGCCACGGUACCGGAACGUCCRGUGAAAAGUCUGAAGACCGUGACGAUGGUGGCAGCGACGGCAGUGGUAGCACCGAAACCAAAAGCGAAGACAAGUCACCUGAGUUCGGUGACAAGACCACUGUAAAACCCAUCAAACGAAUUGUGGUCACGUGAUGUGUUUGCUUGAUAAYAAUAUUUAAUACGUAUAAAGUGUAUAUUAGUAUCAAUUUAUUCUCCUGCGAAAUUSCCAUAUACAGACAGUGAUUCACWAAGAUGCUCACCCUAAUUGUUUUCCUUUAAUAAUGAUUGAAUUCUAAUUCUAAUUUUUAGAAUUCCCAAGUAACUGCUUUUCAAGUAUACAUUUUUAUGCCAUAUAAAGAGACAGUGUUACGCGGUGAUACCAACGUAUUUUUUCGGUAAAUUGAUAAUUAGAUAAAUUUUUUUUAAAUGUUAAUAUAUUUCAAUCGAAAUUCGAAAGUGAAGUUGUCUAGUUAUUUAACUCUUUGUAUAAACGAUAAUAUAUAUAGGGUCCAUCAUACGUUCAUAAUGGGUUUGGGAUAUGAGUGCUAUGAUAAUUUUAAUAUUUUAUAACCAAAUUUUUGGCUUGUGAAAUUUGUCUGUGAAUAAUAAAUACUAUAUCCAAUAUUAUUUCUGUUUUAUAAUUGUAUGAAUCUAUUUUUAAGGGUUACUAUACAUAGUUAACUUAAACAUUUUAAUAACUCAAAAAUUAUUUUUUCCAAUUUUGAUUUAGGUACAUUGAGAUUUUCAAAAAUAAUUAUUUACUCAAUAACAUUCACAAAAAAAAAAAAUAAAAAAUCCCAUUUGGUAAAUAUCUCUUACGUCAUAGGACUCUCUUUAUGGUAAACAUAUCUAAAUAAUUAAAAAUAUUGCUAUACGUGUGCAUAAAUACUUAAAAAUAAGAAUUUGAAUAAACUCAUUAUUAAAUGAAAAAACGGAUGUGAGUGAUACUUGAUGAAUCGUACUGUAUAAUAAUAUAAAACAAGCGACGAUAUUCAUAAUUAUUAUACUUUCGAUACCACGAAACUACUUAAUACAAUGUACCUUUAAGCAUAGCGUGUAUCAUAAUUAUUUAUUUUAUUUACUAAAUUGUUCAUUUCGUUUUUCAUCGAUUAAAUAACAUGUGGAAAAUCUUUGAAGGAAAAAUUCAUAGUGGUUUUCAUCGAUUGAAAGACAUUUCUAUUUUCUAUUAAGAGAUCAACAUACCUAGAAAAAACCAAUAAAAAACUUAUUUACGACGUAUGMAACUUAUAAUAAGAAUAAYCCGUUUAUGUUAUUUUGUUGUAUUCCAGCAACCACUUCAAAACAUGUCGUUUGAUAUUUAUUUUAUUUUUUUAUUAAAAUUUUUACAUCGUUCAAAUCGUUCAAUKCGUUUUAAGUAACUGUAAAUUUACAUAAA